UGCGAGGGCUUUGUGACAUCACAGGCUAGGGAACAGUAGGCAGGCAGUGAAGCAGGCAGGCUGCCGACUAAAGCCAAUGAGUCCAGGUUUGGGGGUCAGGAACCGGUCUGACCACAGAAUGGAGAGCCUGUGCGUACACUAGGUUUCAGGAAAAUAUGCUGUGGAGGAUGUACAUGGAAAACAGAAGGAGGCUUCCACGGAUACAGCCAGUGAAUGUCAAGACAUGUUUCAGGCCAUAGUGAGUGCAACUAAAGAUGUCCGAUAGUGUCGAUAUUGAAGAAAAACCACCUGCCCCUCCCUUGAGAAUGAACAGUAGUUCCCGUGACCCUUCCUCAGUACUCAGUUCCAAACCACUUCCAAUGGCUCCAGAAGAGAAGAACAAGAAAGCCCGUCUCAGGUCCAUCUUUCCUGGGGGAGACAAAACCAAUAAGAAGAAAGAGAAAGAGCGUCCGGAGAUAUCCCUACCUUCUGAUUUUGAGCACACUAUCCAUGUAGGCUUUGACGCAGUAACGGGGGAGUUCACUGGUAUUCCAGAGCAAUGGGCUCGGUUAUUGCAAACCUCUAAUAUUACUAAGCUGGAACAGAAGAAAAACCCUCAGGCUGUGAUAGACGUUCUCAAGUUCUACGACUCCAAAGAGACUGUCAACAACCAGAAAUACAUGAGCUUCACGUCAGGAGAUAAAUCCGCUGGUUACAUUGCAGCCAAUACUCUGAACCGCCUCCUGUCUUCCGGGCCACCUCUCAGCCUUAGAACCUGCAGCGCGUUAUUUGACAAGCAAGGGGCUAAGACAACUUCUGAACCUCCUAUUGCACCUCCGGUGUCUGAAGAAGAAGACGAGGAAGAGGAAGAUGAAGAGGAAGAAGAAGAUGAGGAGGAGGAUGAUGAGGUUCCACCCAUCAUCGCUCCACGGCCUGAGCACACCAAAUCUAUCUUCACACGCUCUGUUAUUGAGCCGACUGCACCUCCUGCUUCUGUCAAAGAGGUUACGACCCCUCCAGAGUCACAAGUCCAGCCUGAGAACACGUCUAGUACGCUGUACCGUCACACUGACCGACAGAGAAAGAAAUCCAAAAUGACAGAUGAGGAAAUACUGGAAAAACUCAGAAGCAUUGUUAGUGUUGGUGAUCCCAAGAAGAAAUACACACGUUUUGAGAAAAUAGGACAAGGGGCAUCUGGGACAGUAUACACAGCUAUUGACAUUGCCACAGGACAAGAGGUGGCCAUUAAACAGAUGAAUCUGCAACAGCAGCCAAAGAAAGAGCUCAUUAUUAAUGAGAUUCUCGUUAUGAGGGAAAACAAAAACCCCAAUAUAGUCAACUACUUGGACAGUUAUCUAGUAGGAGAUGAGUUGUGGGUGGUGAUGGAGUAUUUGGCAGGUGGUUCACUUACUGAUGUUGUAACUGAGACCUGCAUGGAUGAGGGACAGAUUGCCGCAGUGUGCAGAGAGUGUCUACAGGCUCUGGACUUUCUCCAUUCUAAUCAGGUGAUUCAUAGAGAUAUCAAGAGUGACAACAUUCUGCUGGGCAUGGACGGUUCAGUGAAACUCACGGAUUUCGGGUUUUGUGCUCAGAUCACACCUGAGCAGAACAAGCGUAGCACUAUGGUGGGCACACCCUACUGGAUGGCCCCAGAGGUCGUAACCCGGAAGGCCUAUGGCCCCAAAGUGGACAUCUGGUCCCUGGGCAUCAUGGCUAUUGAAAUGGUGGAGGGAGAACCACCAUACCUGAAUGAGAACCCACUCAGGGCCCUAUAUUUAAUUGCAACCAACGGAACUCCAGAGCUACAAAAUCCUGAACGACUAUCCUCAGUGUUUCGAGACUUCCUGAACCGCUGUCUAGAGAUGGAUGUAGACCGGAGAGGGUCAGCUAAAGAAUUGCUGCAGCACUCAUUCCUGAAGCUUGCCAAGCCCCUCUCCAGUUUGACUCCGCUGAUUGUAGCUGCCAAGGAAGCCAUCAAGAAUAGCAGCCGCUAGGAUGUGUUCCCCCUACCCACACACACAUACAUACACAUUCACACGCACAAAGUGCAGGUACAGUGUGUUUAUGUGUGAAAGCACAAUUACACAAUAUCUGAAUCUGGACACAAACACUAACACAAGCACAUGCUUGCACACGCACUUGCCCUUAUAAGGGUGAUUGACAGCAAUUCAAGGCCUUUGGGAUGGGAUUGGACCUGCUGCCCGCCCUCACACACACGUUGUGAUGUAUGGAACUGCUGCACCAGUCCAUCAGUGUGUGUUCACCUCUACACAUCUGGAAAGGAGAAAAACUGAAAAACAACUCCUGUGUUCCUUCUCUCUGGAAUGAAAGAUGAUGUGGAUUACAGUAGAUCAUCCAAUCUCUUAUUUAAUCUAUUCUGUACUGUCUUGGAUUACUAGCAACCUUCUUUGGGUUUUACAGAGUUUUUCCUGUGCCUGAAGAAGUGUACCUCCAAAUCUCGGGAUCUCCUCAAGACAUCUGCAUGACUGUCUACCACAGCUAUUCACAGCAAUCAUUUCCUUUCUACACUGUGUGUGCGCGCAAAAUCAGAGAGCAUACGAUAGUAUGCUAGAGAGAGAGAGGGCUUGAGAGCAAGAGACAUAUAAAAACAAAGAUGAAUCUCACAAAAACAUGCCCAGGUCACAUUUAAUCCCAAAAUCAAAAGAAGGAAAAAAAAAGAGAAAUUCUAUUAUGAAUAAACAAAGUCUCCCUAUUUUUAAGACUAUUGCUAUUAAGCUUUUGUAUUAAGACAUAAGUAAUAAUCUCUUAAUACAAAAGCUUAAUAUUAAUAGUCUUAAAAAUAGGCAGGCUUUGUUGUAUUUUUUGUUUGACUUUGAUUGUUUUUUUUUGCUCAUUACUGUAAUAAAUGGUUUAUAACUGUGUUACAGUAGAAACACUGUAAUAUAAGUUUUUUCAUCCAUUUAAAUCAUCAUAAAUUAAACGCAUGAUCAAAAUAUUUACUUUACAGUUUAAAUUCUUCAUUUUUUCAAAUUGGGAGAAUAUUUUUUCAUUAUAGUAAUAAGAAUUAUAAAUAUUAAGAGAGUUUUUCCUUUUAAUAUCAUCUUUAGAUAAAAAUUCAAUAAAUCUUAAUGGUUCCUAAAACAGGCUUCAUUUUCUUUAAGCAAAAUAUAAUUUCAUAUUUAUUGUGAUUUGGGGGUUAAAUGUAACUUGGACUUGAAAUGUUUCAUAAGAUUUCCUCAAAAUAUUUGAUACAGAAGCCACUUUGCUAUUGUAUUAAACAGAUCAAAUCCUUGGAAGGCAAAAUGCAUCCUGACUUUGCUAGAAAGCACCUCUCUCUCUGUCAUGGAUUCACAGACUAUGUUUUCUUGUGCAAUAUCUCUGCCAUAGGACCCAGCAUUCAGGCAUAAAUACCACAACACAUAGGUCUAUACUAUGCAUUUUACGAGAAAAUGAAAAAUGCUGAAAACCAAGCCAUGAGGAGCCAAAUGUAGAGCAGGCUAAUGUGCUACUUCUUGGGCAUUAUGGAGUAUGAAAUCCAUGCUGGUGUUUUGACAUCUCUCAGAGAGCAGUGAUUGGCUGAAAAUAUUUGCAUGAUGAAGGGCCAUUCACAUAAGACUCAUUAUUGUUUUUCAUUGUUGGCCUCUCAGUUGGCAUCAGUCUCUGUUUUGUCUUGCAACAUGAGUGCCAUGUUUUUAAGGCUCAAAGCUCUACGCAAUUACGCAGACACUUCAAGCUACGCAAGCCCAGGUUCAGUGUCAUUACACAUUGCAUUCUCAUUGCCACAAGGAGUGCCGUUUCUUGCUGAGCAAAUUUCAUCUUAUAAACGUUUAUAUGUAGCCAGCUACUUGGAAUAAUAUCAUUCAGUUUGAUGACAGAUGACAGAUAAAUCUACUGCCUAGAAAACUGAGGUUUAUAAAAGCAACAGUAACACAAUAAUGCAUGGUAUGCAAUGGGAGCGUACAUUUCGCCAUGCAUUCGCAUCAGCGUUUGCAUACUUGCGUAGAGAAUGUUCUGCCCAAGAUGGUGGGUUACAAACAGUUCUACUCCAUUCCGUUGUGAACACUAGAUCGCAUCUUGUGUGAAUGGUCCCUAAGAGAACAGUCUGUAAAUCCAACCCCCUUCCCACUUGUCGGCGCUCUUUAGUUUUUAAGACUUUCCGGUUUGCAACAAUCAUCAAUAGGGGUGCUAUUUCUGAUGCCUUUUUCAACUACGGUCACAAGUUAAAAACGUUUGAUUUUUGCUGAGGUUAUCUUAAUUCUCCCUUGGUUUAAGAAUAUCGAUUCAUACAGUACAUGAGUAGAAGUCUUAAGUGUACGCCCUUGUAGAGGAUGUAGGUGUCUGAUAGAUCAUGUCGACUUGAUAUCUUUCUUUACAAAUGAGUGUUUGUGUGAGAGUUGUGCUAUGUUUGUGCGUAGAUAGGAUAACCUCAGCCUGCAUUUAGUCUGUCUUUCAAAUCACUGUGAAAAUUCAGGAUACUACACCUAGACUACCCCACCAUAGACAGAAGGGUACUAGAGUAGAUAUAGUACGGUAGUUAGCGACAACCAUAGACAUCUACAGGCAUGGAUAGCAAUAUCUAAAUAGUGCUAUUGCUUCCGUGUAUAUCGCAAUGGAUGUCACAACCCCACCUACAGUGAGUAUCAAAGCAGGUAAAUGGGAGUUAUCGUAGGAACCAGUUUCAUGCAUGACAUAACUGAAUUACUUUCCUUCAGCUCUGAUAACCUUUGAUAAGUUAGCAUUACAAAAGGUAUUUUGAGGAUGAUGUUUAAUGUACAUUGUUGUGUUUUAUUCUUUUUUUAUGAAAACCUUACGACAGUAAUAUUCAGGCUGCUCUUUGAUAUGUAUUUGUAAAUAUUGUGCACCCUGGUUCCAAGAAAUAUGACAGAUCAAAACUAUGAUGGAUAUGGUUUUGCAAAUCCUACAGAUAGCAGCAUCUUGUGCCUGUAACGGAGACUACAGCCCCAUUAACCAGGCUAAUACGACCAUCUUAAACACUCACCGAGCGACCUAUACUGCAGCCUACCCCUGUGCUGGAGCAGAUGUGCCAGGAGAAACACACUCUCAAACACAAUGCAAAUUUAUUUAUAGCUCGUGGACUUUGCUUUUGAAAGACCCUUCGUAUUUAAUCAAGGCUCGGACCUGAUGUGAACUAGGAGCACAUGAGAAGCGCCACGAAUGUGGAAAGCGCAACGACUCACUCCAGGAUUCCUCUUGUCUCUUGUAAAUUCCCCUUUUCUUCUGAAUGUGUGAACCCUGUACACGUGCUGUGACAAAAUCCCUCUAUUGGUGUCUAAUAUGAGAAAGAAACAAGACUGUACAUGCUUACAAACACAAAUGUUUUCUUUUUAAAUUAUUAUUCUAAUUAUGACAUUUGAGAACUGCUGGACUCAUCUCAGCAAGCCCCUCCCCUGCUCUUUGAAAGAAGGCUGGAUGGGAGGCGUAUGAUAGAGGGGGGAACUAUUGUUUUGGAUAAGCUAUUUUAAAUUGUGGUUGAAGCAAUAUACUUUUUGAAUUCUAAAUUGUGCAUGGCUGUGUCUUGAGUGUAAAACAAAAAAGCUACAGUUUCGGAACUGGACUGAAAUAUAAAAAAAAUAUAUAUAUAAUAAAAAAAGGGAAAAAUCUUGAACAGAA